AUGUCGCGACGAAAACAGAAACGACCCCAGCAGCGAAUCAGCUCUUUCUCAAGGAUACCGCUGAGACCUGAGCACGAGGAGCGACUGGAAGUGAGGCCACUCACGUCUACCUUUGCAACAGACUCUGCCUUCUCCUCGGCAACUGAGAGCUACCAGCUUCCCUUUGCUCCACUCCUUUCCACUGUGGGGGACCUUACUUCCACCUUGUCCACAGAGAGCUAUUCCCUCUCCCAAACUACCAGCCAGUCUACAUCUCUCUCUACUGUCCUGACAGACUCUCAGACUGCCCAAACUGCUAGUGCUCUGCUCCCCUCACUCUCCUCACAGACGCAGACCUCCGUUUAUCACGACCCCUCUCUCAUAGCACAUCCAGACUCUUCCUCUCAGAGUCACACUGUCUGUUCUCUUAUGGCUUCCCCAAAGUUAGGCGUGUCAGCUACCACCACAAUUUCCUCUUCCUCUUCCUCCUCUGCUGCCUCUCUCUGUGCUCCACCACACCCAGGUGAUCCCAGCCCUGUAUCCAAUGGCCCCUCAAGUCCAUUGAGACCAUCAUCCAGCCCGAGUACUUUCCACCCUGCCCCAGCCCAUGCUCAAAUCAGCAUAGCUCUGAUUCUGGAGGAGCUACAGGUUUUGCAGCAGAGACAGAUCCACCAGAUGCAGAUGACUGAGGAGAUCUGUAGACAAGUGCUAAGGCUGGGUGGAGCAUCCUGUGUCCUGGACUCGGCACCACUCCUUCUGUCUCCUUUAUCACAGCUCUGUUUAGAGGGCUUGGACAGUGCCUCAAGGACCAUUCAGCAUAAUCCACCACCAACCCCAACCUCUGUGGCUCCACUCCUGGCCUGUUUCUCCUCCCUGCUUUCCCCUCAGUCGACUUCCAAAAUGUCAAAGCCUGUGCAACCUCUGACUCAUGUUCUCCGUCCCCAUAAGCCACUGCAUGAUGUUGCUGGAGCAGGCCCAGGAAAUGUAACAAGUGCUUGCACCUCCUCUACAUCCUCAGUCUUCACUUCAGCUCCCAUCAGUUUCCCCCUCUCAUGCUCUUUGGGUUUGCCUACUCGUUACCUGCACGAGAAAUCUCCAAAUACCACUCCUGCCAGUGGACAAAGUAGUCACGUGAUUUCAGCCCCAGCUCAGCUUCCCAAUGCUUCUCAUUUUACAUUACCGCAACAGGAACUACAAAAUACAGUCCAAGGAGCCACAACAUCAUCAUCAUCAUCAUCAUCAUCAUCGUCAUCCUCUGGCCGUCCGCAGCAUACUUGUCGAUUUUGUGGGAAGCUGUUCAGCAGUGACUCAUCCCUGCAGAUCCACCUUCGCUCUCACACAGGGGAGCGACCAUACCAAUGCCCUGUGUGUCUCAGUCGCUUCACAACACGUGGGAACCUAAAGGUGCACUUCCUACGACAUCGUGAACAAAACCCAGAGCUCUCGAUCUCCUUAUUACCAGCCUCAUUUUUUGCACCUGAGAUGGGGGGAUCAGAACAGACUCAGUCUGUCAACUCAGCCAGCUCCAUUGUCGCUGUUCAAAGGCAGCAGAAGAGGCAAGCAGAAGAGGAUAUAUAUGGGGACAGUCCAGAAGUUGCAGGUGCAGGAGGUGGGAUUACCACAGGUAGAUCUCCACGCACACCCCCUUCUUCACUACCCCUACCUCCUAGUAUGGACUUGGCUCUUUUAACUACAGCUCACUCCCUUUUACAACUCAACCGUGCUGCUGCUGCUGCUGCUGCAGCAGCCUCCAUGUCCUCAACCUCCUCACACACACCCUCUCUGUCUUCCUCUCUCCUUACAAGCUCUUCCUCCUCCUCUUCCUCAACCAUAGCUGGACUGUUCAAGGGAGCAAAACAGCAACAUUUUGAUGAAAACACCCCCCCACUUCCUUCUCUGCUCUCCCAGUCGACUUAUUCCCAACUAGUCCACUUACCCAAAAUUCUCUUCCCAGCUGCGGCAUCUCAUCAUCAUGCAACCCUAGGCCUCCUUCAGUCCCCAUCUUCAACAGGGUCACAUUUGUCCUCCUCCCAGCAGCAGAUCACAUUCCCAUUCCCUUACAACAAAGCACCCUCCUCGACUGUCUCGUCAUCGUCUAACUCGACCCCAACCUCAGACACAUCUAAAUUGCAAAAGCUGGUGGAAAAAUUGGAACGAGAACCUCAGAGUCAGGUGCCUUGGGUAUCAUCUAGGGGGGAAACAUCUCGUAACAGCCCUAGCUCAGCAGGAACUUUCAGCAGCACUCUGAAAAGCACAAGCACAUCAAGCACUUAUGUUGUAGCCUUGCCUCCAUCUUCCUCCACCAACACUUCUCCCUCCACCUACAGCGCAGAAAUGGGAGCAGCCUUGGAAAUGGGCGCCAGUGGAAGCAGUGAUUUCGCUGGAACUGUCAUGUCCAACUUAGGACCUAUGAGUUCAGCUGGAUCCCUUGCUCCAAAUCAGUGUGGUGUGUGUCUGCGAGUGCUGAGCUGUCCCAGGGCCUUGCGUCUACAUCAGGCCACACAUCUUGGUGAGCGCCCAUUUCCCUGUAAGCUGUGUGGACGCUCCUUCUCAACCAAGGGCAGUCUGCGGGCACACCUUGCCACUCACAAAGCACGACCGCCUAAUGCACGUGCUCAGAAUUCUUGCCCUCUUUGCCAGCGCAAGUUUACCAAUGCCCUGGUGUUGCAACACCACAUUCGAAUGCAUCUCGGAGGCCAGUUGCCCACAGAAGGUGCAGGAGGCUGUCGGAUUGAAGUCCCGCCUCAGACUCAGGCCUCCGACAAUCCCAACCCUAAACUGGAGAUAAAUAUGAUCAGUAAAGACAAUCUGUCAAAGGACUCUGCUUCUCUUCCAGGCUCCGAUUUUAGUAGCUCUUCCUCAAGUAUUUCUGCUCCCCUCUCUGCCAACAAUGUAAGUUCAGAGACCCUAAAGCAACAUGUUUCAAUCAGUCCUGAACCAAUUCCACCCGCUGACCUGAGCCCCGACCCUUCCUUGAACCCAACCCCACAGACACCACCACUAUGCAGAGCUGACCCACCUAUCCUCUGUGCAAGUGUACCCACUUCAGCUGACACUUACUCUGCCUCUCCAUCUGCUCCCACAGUCCUGCCUAAACCUGAUUCUCCUUUUAAUAAUGAGUCUGUUGAGCACCAUCCUCCUGUCACUGCUGCACAAGCGAGUAACACCCAUCCAGGACCAAGCUCCCCAGGUUUGACCAAAACUAACCCACUUGUAGAGGACAGUGGAAUAAGUGAAAAUGUAUCUGCACAGACCAUCCCAGCAACUGGACCAAGAUCAAACCUAGAGGACUUUUUGAGUAUCCCUAAUCACAGUGCCCAAGUGCUUGCUCUAACAAGACACAUGUCCACAUCACCUACUUUCCCAAACCCAAACCCAGAAAGUCUUUCAUCCCAAAAAGCAUCUAUGUCUGACACAGAUCAGGGUCAAAUCAAAACACCCAGAUCGUUUACCUCAGAGGCCACUAAAGAGGACAAGGUGGAAGACAACUUAAUUGAAACACCAAAGAAUGCCCCUGAGGCAACUCUUGAGAUGGACACAAAUGUAGCACAAAUGCCAGACACUGUGAAUAAAACCACUGUAGAAGAUGCACCUGAGGAAGCUCUGAAACAAGCAGGGGUGUUCCUCUGUUCAUCUGCAAAGGAUAAUGAGCAAGAUCUCAAAAGUGCAGCAGGACCUGAGCAAGAACACCUAGAAACUGCUAUACCCAUGUCUCUAGCCCCCACCCUGCCUCCCCCCCUCUCACGCCCAGAGAAGAAAACCUACUGCUGCGCUGAGUGUGGUAAGGAGUAUGCAAGCCGCAGUGGACUAAAGCCUCCCAGCUGCUCCAGCUACGAGGGCAUCUGUCAGCUUCUGGAACCAGUACCAGGCCUGCCUCAACUCAAGCAAUGA